AUGCGGAAAGACGAAUACCGGAAUCGGCAACAAGGUUCUUUCCCCCUCAGUAACCCGUACUCUCGACAAGGCAGGGGCAUGUCAGGUAACCAACACGUCUCCCUCACCGUCCGAAAAGAUAAUUAUACCGACGACAGUGACAUCUGCGGUGGUGCGUACUCCUCCACUGUGGGAGACAACAGGAGGCUUCAGCACCACAGGAGCGACGUGGAUCCAUACUUGCACCAUGAUACUCAACACACUCGUGAUAAGAGGGGCUGGUGUGAUGAGCAACGCAGCACCAAGUCGCGCCCGUGUGACUACCCUCAGAUGGUUAAAAGUUCAGAGGGAGCCAUAAGGAGGUCAUCGUCACAACAGCGCUGGAUAACUCAGCAACAACGGUGCGAUGAUUCCGUGCGUGAGGUUCACCGGUGGGAUAAGGAAACACGACCAAGCGACGAAUGGAAUCAGCAACGGCGACACUCAGAGGAUGCUCUUGGAUCACCGCCUUACCCCAGGUCGCACGGACACCCCCACGGAAUGAAUGCGGGGCGACAGCCUCCUCACUCGCAUUUAUUUCCUAUCCCGAGCUACGACCGGAGAGCACCCCGCGGCGCACCGCCUGGAUACUCAGGUGAAGAGCAUCGAAAUAGUUCAGAGGGUCACGGACAAUUCGCUGAUUCGUCUAGUCAUCUGAUGAAUGCACAACGGAGCAUAGCUUGCGAACAUGAUACACAACAGCAGCCGCAACCAGAGAAAGAUGUACGGUUGCACAUCACUAGGGGUUACAACAGCGAGUUUGACGUGUUGCAACACUUACUCCAUCUUCAGCCUAAGGGGGAAACCAACACAGCUCAUCCCCGACCUCUCCCUAAUUACAGGGACGCAGAGGGGGCUGGUCACCAUGAGCCACAGUCGCGGUGCCCAAAGCAUCAGCAAGAGGCUUGGGGCGAGUCGCAGCGAAUGGAAGGAAGGAACUGGGACACAGAUCAGGAUAGGGAUGCUGCCAUGAUGGAUCGCGACCCAAGAAGGGGAAUGGAUAGGGAUGCUGCCAUGGUGGAUCGCAUGAUUGACGGUGGUGCAGUCGGGGCGGGGAGAAUGAUCGACCGUCGUGGAGGCAACAGGCGGGGCGGCCGACCUUCUGGCUCUAACGUAAUGCCUCCGUCGUCUUUGCCACCAGACAAGGAGGCACUUGAAAAAUUUAAGCGACUUUACGCACUGCAAGAAGACCAAAAUGAAACUGCAGAUCACUUGCGCAAACAGGCGUCGAGCACCACUGGUGUUGUCGGAACCCUUGAUGUUAGCCAGGUCCUCGACUUAGUUGCCGCUCACGAUGUGACGAUCGUAGUAACAGACACGGGUACCGGGAAAAGCACACUUAUCCCUAAGGCUAUACUGGACGACGACCCAGGAGCGAAAAUUGUAAACACGCAGCCGCGGCGCACACCCGCAAUUAAACUGGCGGAGCGCGUUUCCGUUUUUUACGGCGAGAAAGUGGGAAGCCGCGUGGGGUAUUGGGUUCGCGGGGAACAUGCGGGUGAAGUGGGGCAAACUCCGAUUAUGUACGUGACAAAUUACACCCUCUUUCUCUAUCUGUUACACACCACACCGGACUGUAUUGGGAUGACGCACGUCAUAUUUGAUGAGUUCCACGAGCGAUCGGUGGAGGUGGAGGUGUCACUGUUGCUGAUGAAGUUAGUUAUGAAGCGCAAUCCUGGGCGGAUAAAGCUUAUACUCUGCAGUGCAACUGCAGAGGCGUCUAAAUGGGCGGGUUUCUUUGACGGUUUAACGGUUGGGGAGUAUUCCAAGGCCAAUGCUAUGUACCCCGUGCACGACUACUACCUUGAAGAUGUCAGCAGACUAAUUGGCGUCGCUUGCGUUGCACCCGAUAUUGAGAGUAGUGGAAUCAUGAGCUCAAUUCAGUUACAUACUAUAAUUUUUUAUAUGAAAAAGUUACUCGAGUUCCUAGCCACCGCUGCUAAACCUGGGGACAGCAUACUUAUGUUUGUUCCUGGACGCACGGUCGUCGAACAACUCACGUUGUGGAUACGGGACAACUUGGGUGAAGAACUUGAUGCCAUUCCAUGGUAUCGUGACAUUGAACUCUCGUACGUGCAGGAGGCCAUACAGCGGAAAUCGGGGACGAAAAAGAAGGUAUAUGUAGCUACUGAUAUUGCUGAAGUGUCCAUUACACUUCCAGAUGUUGUUUUUGUCAUCGAUUCCGGCACAGUGAAGCGUCCAUACAUCACUGAGUCGAACCCCAACUCUGUUGCAUUUCCACCACUUGAGCUUAUGUGGGAGAGCGCUGUAAAUCUCAAACAGCGGCGCGGACGCGCUGGGCGCGUCCAGCAAGGUUUCUUCUUCACGAUGGUCUUGAAAGAACAAGUACCUCAGCUACCGCCAUGUGACUGUCGUUUAAGCAAUGCUGUUAUACAUGAGAUUGUGCUUCACUGUCUGUAUUUAACCAGUGCGCCUUAUAUUCUCUUCUCUAUGUGUCCAGAGAAACCUCGUAACGUGAGCGUGCAGUUGAGUUUGAACACUUUGUGUGAUGGCGGUUAUAUUGUUCCCGAGGAGGACCACACCUCUUUGAUUGAGCGUAUCGAUAACCCUGAGCACCUCAGCAUCAAGAAGGUGUGGAGUGAACUUGUAAGUGAGGCAUAUGAAUCUCGGUCGGAGACAAAACAAGGUGGUCUGGAAGGUGUAGAUAGUAGGCAACUGGCAACAAAACCGCCGGCAAACCUACGGUAUCACGUCGCACUACGAGGUCUGAUUGUGGGUCGCCUUCCUUUCGCUGUGAAUGCGGGCGCCGUUGUGUUCCAUGGCCUUCUUACUGGUCUUACUACACUUUCCAUAGUGGCAGCAUCAUGCAUUGCGUGCAACUCGCCGUUUUACGUCCCAUACGACGUGACGGACAGAGUAGAACGACUUAAAGUCAAAAAUUGUGUGCAAGAGACGAUGCUUCAGUUCAAGGGCAGGUUGCGUAAUGAUGUGGUGUCAUCGGUUGGUGCCGUACUUGAGUACAUGCAAAUGCAGCAGGAAGGGCUAUCUGAAGAAGGACAGAAUACAUGGUGCGAGAAACGCUAUCUAAGCCGCAUGCGUAUUGUCGAUAUCCUGCUGUUGGUACAGCAGGCAAAGGAUCAGCUUGGCGCUUUAAUCCCAUUUGAGGACAUCGAUGAUGUUGGCGAUCUCCGUCGACAAUAUGACACACAUGCCCAGAUGCUCUCCAUCUUGUGUUCCGCAGCAUUUAUGCAGCGUGGCAUUUUUGUUUUGCAUGAUGCUGAAACUGCGCAGAAGAAGCGGUUUGCCGGGAGCGGUGUGUUCGUGAACAUCAACUGCUCUCGCGAUAUGUCGGUGCCUACAGCAUGCCCGUGGACGCGCAACACAGUGUGCGUCCCCUAUACUCUCCACACAGCUUACGAUCGCCUCGUUGGUUCUUUUAGCUCCCAACUCUCUCAAGAGGUGUACAACGUAAUGCUUCUGGUGUUUAGCAGUACUAUUCUCUUCGAGGAGAUCGUUGACGAAGCGGCCCCAGUGACGUUUGAGGUAUGGCAGUGCGGUAGCCGUGUUUUCAUUACUUGUGAUUGCCAAACGGCUUUGCAGCUGCUUCAGCUGCGACGCUUAAUGUGCGCGCGGUUGUGCAUACUUCACAUGCUCUUGCAGCGCGAGGCCAGUAUCACGGACGUUGAAACAAUGUCAGAUCUCCUGAUUGCGAAUGGAAGCAACUUUGGCAUUCCAUGCAACAUGGAAGCCAGGCCCGAUCUCAUUCCCGCGAUGAUCACAUCUAACGUAAUACGUAUCAUUGAAGGUAUUGAGGAAGCAGCAACGAAGGUUCGAGUAGGAGGGAAUGAAGGGUCUGCAGUGCCGCAUUGCAAACCCCGUGAGCCACCACCGGGUUUUAACCCCACGAGGCAGUCCGCGCUGGUGUUCUCUUCCAACGGUUGCGCUCCUUAUCAUCGUCCAGAGCCCAUCCCUGAACCAGUUGGGGUGAUGCAGCACCCAAGGAGCUACAAAUAG